AUGAACAUUGACAACAGUGAUAAUAUUGAAUGGGUAGUAAAAUUUUUAGAGUAUUAUUUACCAAAACUUCCUGACCAUGCCAUCAUUUUCAUUUUCGACUUACUUGAUGCAGAGUACAUUAAGGGAUUCUUUUUAUACUUCCCAAAUGAUAUAAUUCAUCAGUUGCUAGUUCAACAGUACUACUCUCAGUUACUUCAUUUUCAAAUAGCGGACGGGAAUGACCAAGUCGAUGUAACCAUGCAUGAUUACACACUGAACCCAUUUGUUUCAUUUUAUGGUGUCAAGAAUAUUUUACGCUUCAUGAAUGAUUUUCCGGAAAUUGUUCCUCGAAGAUUAGUAUUUAUUGGUGAAAUUGAAAAGAGAAUCUUGGACGAUGCCAGAAUCUCUAAAAUUGAAGAGAUAGAAAUAAUUUUGGAAACUUUAGAAAAUUACAAAGAUCUAAGGAGUGGGACUCGCGAUUUAGUUGUCAACCUGCCUAAUUGA